AUGGCAGAUGAAAUUGAGUACAAGCUCGACGACGUCGAGGCCACAAUCGUCUCCGCCGCCCUGGGAGGAAAGGUCCUCGGCUUCUCGGACGAGUGGUUCGCGGAGGCCGCGAACCUCCUCACGCCCACGCCGCCCAUCUGCCAGCCGGGCAAGAUGGUGUACACGGGCGCCUGGUACGACGGCUGGGAGACACGCCGGCACAACACAGAGCCCUUCGACUGGGUCGUCAUCCGGCUGGGCGUCGCCUCGGGCACAGUCGACGGCAUCGAGGUCGACACGGCUCACUUCUCCGGCAACCACGCGCCCUUCAUCUCGGUCGAGGGCUGCUUCAGCCUCGACGACGCCGAAGUCCUCUCCUGGAAGGGCUCGCGCGGCGCGUGGGAGCCCAUCCUCGGCGUGCGCGACGCUACAACCCACGUCCGCCUCAACAUGUACCCGGACGGCGGCAUCGCCCGCUUCCGCCUCUUCGGCCACGCCGUCCCCGUCUUCCCCGACGACAGGGACGCCAUCCUCGACCUCGCCGCCGCCCAGAACGGGGGCGUCGCCGUCUCGUGCAGCGACCAGCACUUCGGCACCAAGGACAACCUCAACCUGCCGGGCCGGGGCAAGGACAUGGGUGACGGCUGGGAGACGAAGCGCUCCCGUGGGAAGGACCAUGUCGACUGGGCUGUCAUCCGCCUCGGUGCGCCCGCGCUCAUCCAGCGACUCGUCGUCGACACUGCUUUCUUCAGGGGCAACUUCCCUCAGAAGGUGAAGGUGGACGCCAUUGAGUGGAAGGACGCCGGAGAGCCCCCGGCUACGGCUGAGGCAUGGCAGGUGGUCGUGGAGCCCAGCAAGACCGGGCCAGACCAAGAGCACGAAUUUGCUUCCAAGAUUCAGGACAAGCCCUUUACACAUGUCAAGUUGACCAUGAUACCCGAUGGAGGAGUGAAGAGGAUUCGCGUGUUCUCUAAGCGCGCUAACUAG